AUGACCACUAAAGAAAAAACAGCUUCAGAGAGAUACCAGAAGAUAUCUCAGUUAGAACAUAUUCUUAAAAGACCUGAUACAUAUAUUGGUUCUGUUGAAAUCCAAGAACAAGAACAAUGGAUUUAUGACGAUGAAACAGAUUGUAUGAUGGAGAAACACGUCAAGAUCGUUCCUGGUCUUUUUAAGAUUUUCGAUGAAAUCGUAGUCAACGCUGCAGAUAAUAAAGUUCGUGACCCUACUAUGAAGAGAAUAGACGUUAACAUUAGACCAGAAGAGAAUUUAAUCGAGGUCAAGAAUGAUGGGAAGGGGAUUCCUAUCGAAAUACAUCAAAAGGAGAAAAUUCAUAUCCCAGAAUUAAUUUUUGGCCAUCUGUUAACUUCUUCUAAUUAUGAUGAUAAAGAAAAGAAAGUCACUGGUGGUAGAAAUGGGUAUGGUGCUAAACUUUGUAAUAUUUUCUCUACAGAAUUCAUAUUGGAGACUGCAGAUCCAAUACUUGGGAAGAAAUAUGUCCAAAAAUGGGAAAAUAAUAUGAAUACAUGUCAUCCUCCUAAGAUAACUCCUUAUUCGAAAGGUCAAUCGUAUACAAAGGUAUCCUUCAAACCUGAUCUUUCCAGGUUUAAUAUGGAGGAACUGGAUAAAGAUAUUCUUGGGGUUAUGCGCCGUCGUGUUUACGAUAUUGGAGGUUCUGUUAGUAACGUUAAUGUUUAUUUAGAUGGUAAAUCAUUGAAAAUUAGAAACUUUAAAAACUAUGUUGAAUUAUAUUUAAAUUCAUCAGAGAAAAGCCGACAAUUAGAUAAUGGUGAGGAUGCAAGUAUUCAAUCAAAUACUCCACCAAUUCUCUAUGAAAGAGUUAAUGAAUCCUGGGAAGUAGCGUUCGCAGUAUCUGAUAUUUCUUUCCAACAAAUCUCGUUCGUAAACUCAAUUGCUACAACUACUGGUGGGACACACGUUAAUUAUAUUACAGAUCAAAUCGUUAGGAAAGUGUCAGAUAUUUUGAAGAAGAAGAAAAAGAAGAAUAUCAAACCAUUCCAAAUAAAAAAUAACAUGUUUAUAUUCAUUAAUUGUUUAAUCCAAAACCCAGCUUUCACAUCACAAACUAAGGAACAAAUGACUACAAGAGUUAAAGAUUUUGGUUCCAAAUGUUUAAUUUCCGAUGAUUUUGUGAAUAAAAUAAUGAAAACUGAUUUUGCCACAAAGAUCUCAGAAAUUGUUGACGAGAAUGAAACUAAUGCCUUGAAAAAAUCUGAUGGUACCAGGAAAAGUAGAAUUACUGAUUAUCCUAAGCUAGAAGAUGCUAAUAAGGCAGGUACCAAAGAUGGUUAUAAAUGUACAUUGAUCUUGACUGAAGGGGAUUCUGCCUUGUCAUUAGCUGUUGCAGGUCUUGCCGUUGUUGGUAGAGAUUUUUAUGGCUGCUAUCCUCUUCGUGGUAAAAUGCUUAAUGUCAGAGAAGCAAGUGCAGACCAAAUCCUAAAAAAUGCAGAAAUCCAAGCUAUUAAGAAAAUUAUGGGGUUACAACAUAAAAAGAAAUACGAAGAUACUAAAUCAUUACGAUACGGUCAUCUUAUGAUCAUGACAGAUCAAGAUCAUGAUGGUUCUCAUAUUAAAGGUUUGAUAAUUAAUUUCCUGGAGAGUUCCUUCCCAGGUUUGUUGGAUAUCCCAGGGUUUUUGGUGGAAUUUAUUACACCCAUUAUCAAAGUUACUGUAACUAAGCCAUCCAGACAAGUUAUUGCCUUCUAUAAUAUGCCAGAUUAUGAACAAUGGAGAGCAGAAGAAGCACAGAACUAUACUUGGAAGCAAAAGUAUUACAAGGGUUUGGGUACCUCAUCUGGUCAAGAAGUGCGAGAAUAUUUCAAAGAUCUUGACAAACAUCUGAAAACUUUCCACGCAUUACAAGGUCAUGAUAAAGAUUUGAUUGAUUUGGCUUUUUCGAAAAAGAAAGCAGAUGAUAGAAAAGAAUGGUUAAGACUAUACGAACCUGGUACUGUCUUAGAUCCAAAAAUAUCUGAAAUUCCAAUUAGUGACUUCAUCAAUAAAGAAUUAAUUUUGUUUUCUUUAGCAGAUAACAUUAGAUCUAUUCCAAGCGUCCUUGAUGGUUUCAAACCAGGGCAAAGAAAAGUUUUAUUUGGUUGUUUCAAACGUAAUUUAAGAUCAGAAAUUAAAGUUGCCCAAUUAGCACCAUAUGUUGCAGAAUGUAGUGCAUACCAUCAUGGUGAACAAUCAUUAGCUAUGACCAUUAUUGGUUUAGCUCAAAACUUUGUUGGAUCUAAUAAUAUUAAUUUAUUGAAGCCUAAUGGUGCUUUCGGUACAAGAGCUACUGGUGGUAAAGAUGCUGCAGCUGCAAGAUAUAUUUUCACAGAAUUAAGUAAAAUUACAAGAAAAAUUUUCCAUCCCUCUGAUGAUCCUUUAUUCAAAUAUGUACAAGACGAUGAAACCACCGUUGAACCAGAAUGGUAUCUACCAGUUCUACCAAUGAUUUUGGUAAAUGGUGCUGAAGGUAUUGGUACUGGUUGGAGUACUAAUAUUCCUCCAUUCAAUCCACUUGAUAUCGUGAAGAACUUAAGACAUUUAAUGAAUGGUGAAGAGCUUGAAAAUAUGAUGCCAUGGUUUAAAGGUUGGGGUGGUUCAGUUGAAAAGGUUGAACAUCAGCGUUACAGAAUGUAUGGUAGGAUUGAACAAAUUGGUCCAAACACAUUGGAAAUUACAGAGCUGCCUGCAAAAACUUGGACGUCAACUAUUAAGGAAUACUUGUUACUAGGUAUUAGUGGGAAUGAAAGGACAAAACCUUGGAUUAAAGACAUGGAGGAACAGCAUGGGAAUGACAUCAAGUUCAUUAUCAAACUGACACCAGAAGAAAUGGAAAAGACUAGGAAAAUUGGUUUCUACGAAAGAUUCAGAUUGAUUUCCCCUAUAAGUUUAAUGAAUAUGGUAGCUUUCGAUCCAAGAGGUAAGAUAAAGAAGUAUGAAAGUGUGUUUGACAUUCUAACGGAAUUUUUCUACGUUAGGUUGGAAUACUAUCAAAAAAGAAAAGAUUUCAUGAGUGAGAGAUUACAAUGGGAAGUUGAAAAAUUAUCAUUUCAAGUUAAAUUUAUUAAGAUGAUCAUUGAGAGAGAACUCAUUGUGACUAACAAACCACGUAAGAAUAUUAUUAAAGAAUUAGAAGAGUUUGGCUUUCCAAGAAUUAAUAAAGAUGGGAAGCCAUAUUAUGGUUCAAUUGCCCAGAAAGUUGAGGAAUUGAUUGAAGAGGAUGAGGAAGCUGAAGAAAUAGACAAUGAUGAAGAUGUGCUUACAGAUGAUGCAAUUAUUAAUGGACCUGAAGAAGCUUACGGUACAUUUGAAUAUCUUUUAGGUAUGCGUAUCUGGUCUUUAACUAAAGAAAGGUAUGAACAAUUAUUGAAACAAAAAAAAGAAAGGGAGAUAGAAUUAGAGGAUUUGUUAAAAUUAUCUGCCUCCGAUCUAUGGAAUAUUGACUUGGACGACUUCAUGAAAUCCUACGAAGAAUUCCUUGUUCUGGAUGAAGAAUAUAGAAAUGGUUCUGAAGCCAGUGGUUCUAAGACUAAAGGAAAACGUAAAAGAAAAAAUGCGGAUUCUGAUGACUAUACACCUGCUAAGAAAACGAAAACGGCUAAAAAGGCGAUAAGUAAGACUAAACUAGAAGAUUUGAAUUUUAAAAGAACUCUACUGGAACCUAAGGCAGUCGUAAAAUCUAAACGAAUAACAAAGGUUAAAUCAGAAACACCUUUAUUAACCACAUCGCCAUCCUUACAAAUGAUUAAGAAAGAAGGUCGUACUCGUACUUCGAUGUCGCCAGCUUCUCCUGAUGUUCUCGGACAAGAAGAACCCAAGGACUCCAUGAGCGCAUUUUCUGACAAGUUUAAGAAACUGACCAAGGCAUUCGAUAACGUUGAUGAGAAUGCGUCACUAACAGAGCUAGCAACCGAAACUGGGACUAAGGAACCUACACCAAUAAAGGAAAAACCAGUGGUAAAGAAACAGGCUGCUAAGAAAGCGCCUGCACCCAAAGUACCAAAGACACCUAAAACUUUUGAACUGAGCGACGAAAGCGAUUUAGAAAUAGUUGAUCAAGCUGGAAACUCCGAUAGUGAUGAAGAGGAAGAAGUGGUAAUGCCCAGAAGACAAAGAGUAACCCGCGCUGUUACUCCGAAAAAGUCAUACGUAGAACCAAUCGAAUUAUCUGAUGAUAGUUUUGUUGAAGAGGAUGAGCCAGCUGAUUCCGAUGAAUCUUUUGAUGGGGAUUUCAAUUGA